GCAGGGGGCGGGCCCGGCCGUUCGGUACCGCGGCGGCGGCGAAGGCGGGGAUCCCGCGGCUGCGGCGACGGCGGCCGCGGUGGAGCCGCGGGUCGGACUUGGCCCUGCGUGACGGCGGCCCCAGCUGCAGCGGCGGUGGCGGCCGCGAUCCGGUCAGUGUCCCAGCCAAGCAUGGUGACGGCCUGUGCCCUCGGCCCCCUCGUCUGGCGCAGCUGGAAGAGCCGCCAGCCUCGGGCGCCGAUGGCCCACCACGUGAGGGAGUGAGCAGCCUGGCUCUGCCCUUCAGAUUGAGGGGGAAAGCAGCGGCUGGGUGACCUGAGACCACGCUGCUGACCCCCUCCUACUAGUUGACGUGGAUGGAGCAAUGAGUAACCCUUGUCAAGGUGGUGGAAUAAUGGGAAGCAGGGUGUGAGCAGCCCCCGUGAUCACCUGUAACUUCUUGGUGGAAAUAACUGUCUGAGUGCCCCAAGCCAACACAGCAGACCCUCCCAGGCCUCCGCCCUGGCUGAUGGGGCCACUAGGACCCUCAGCAGCCACCUGAUCAUCCAGACUCCACCCUGUCAAGCCAUGGCUGGUGCUGAAGGCUUCCAGUAUCGUGCUCUGUACCCAUUUCGCCGGGAGCGACCAGAGGACCUGGAGCUGCUGCCAGGUGAUGUGCUGGUGGUGAGCCGGGCAGCCCUGCAGGUGUUGGGAGUGGCCGAGGGCAGCGAACGCUGCCCACAGAAUGUAGGCUGGAUGCCUGGCCUCAACGAGCGCACGCGGCAGCGAGGUGACUUCCCCGGCACCUAUGUUGAGUUCCUGGGGCCAGUGGCCCUGGCCCGACCAGGCCCUCGCCCACGUGGUCCCCGCCCACUGCCUGCCAGGCCCCGAGAGGGGCCCCCCGAGCCAGGCCUCACGCUCCCUGACCUGCCUGAGCAGUUCUCUCCGCCUGACGUGGCUCCCCCAGUCCUGGUGAAGCUUGUGGAGGCCAUUGAGCGGACAGGCCCAGACAGCGAAUCCCUCUACAGGCCUGAGCCGCCGGCAACGCGCACAGACUGGUCCCUGAGUGACGUGGAGCAGUGGGACGCUGCAGCCCUGUCGGACGGCGUCAAGGGCUUCCUGCUGGCGCUGCCCGCGCCCCUCGUAACGCCCGAGGCCGCAGCCGAGGCGCGCCGGGCCCUGCGGGAGGCCGCGGAGCCCGUGGGGCCGACGCUGGAGCCCCCGACGCUGCCGCUUCACCGCGCGCUCACGCUGCGCUUCCUGCUCCAGCACCUGGGCCGGGUGGCCCGGCGCGCACCCGCCCCUGGUCUCGCGGUGCGGGCCCUGAGCGCCACCUUUGGGCCGCUGGUGCUCCACGCGCCACCGCCCUCGCCGCCGCCAGGGGGCGCGCCCGACGGGACUGAGCCCAACCCCGACUUCCCUGUACUGCUGGUGGAGAAGUUGCUUCAAGAACAUCUGGAGGAACAGGAGGUGGCACCCCCAGCACUGCCGCCUAAACCCCCCAAGGCCAAGCUAGCCCCUGUAGGCCUGGCCAAUGGGGGCAGUCCACCCUCCUUGCAGGAUGCUGAGUGGUACUGGGGUGACAUCUCCAGGGAGGAGGUGAAUGAGAAACUUCGGGACACACCUGAUGGCACCUUUCUGGUCCGAGAUGCAUCCAGCAAGAUCCAGGGGGAAUACACGCUGACCCUCAGGAAAGGCGGGAACAACAAGCUGAUCAAGGUCUUCCACCGGGACGGGCACUAUGGCUUCUCAGAGCCGCUCACCUUCUGCUCAGUCGUUGACCUCAUCACCCACUACCGCCAUGAGUCGCUGGCCCAGUACAACGCCAAAUUGGACACUCGGCUCCUUUACCCUGUGUCCAAGUACCAGCAGGACCAGAUCGUCAAGGAGGACAGUGUGGAGGCAGUGGGAGCGCAACUCAAAGUCUACCACCAGCAGUACCAGGACAAGAGCCGCGAGUAUGACCAGCUCUACGAGGAGUACACACGCACCUCCCAGGAACUACAAAUGAAGCGCACAGCAAUUGAGGCCUUCAAUGAGACCAUCAAAAUCUUCGAAGAGCAGGGUCAAACACAAGAGAAGUGUAGCAAGGAAUAUCUGGAGCGCUUCCGGCGUGAAGGCAAUGAGAAAGAGAUGCAAAGGAUCCUGCUGAACUCAGAACGACUCAAAUCUCGCAUUGCGGAGAUCCACGAGAGCCGCACAAAGCUGGAGCAGGAGCUGCGAGCCCAGGCCUCAGACAACCGGGAGAUAGACAAGCGCAUGAACAGCCUCAAGCCAGAUCUGAUGCAGCUGCGCAAGAUUCGAGACCAGUAUCUUGUCUGGCUUACUCAGAAAGGCGCCCGGCAGAAGAAAAUCAACGAGUGGUUGGGGAUCAAAAAUGAGACUGAGGACCAGUAUGCGCUGAUGGAGGAUGAGGACGACCUCCCCCACCACGAAGAACGCACAUGGUAUGUGGGCAAGAUCAACCGCACACAGGCUGAGGAAAUGCUGAGCGGCAAGCGGGAUGGCACCUUCCUCAUCCGCGAGAGCAGCCAGCGGGGCUGCUAUGCCUGCUCUGUGGUGGUGGACGGCGACACCAAGCACUGUGUUAUCUAUCGCACGGCCACAGGCUUUGGCUUCGCGGAGCCCUACAACCUGUACGGGUCACUGAAGGAGCUGGUGCUGCACUACCAGCACGCCUCGCUGGUACAGCACAAUGAUGCGCUCACGGUCACCCUCGCCCAUCCCGUGCGGGCCCCGGGCCCUGGGCCCCCUGCCUCUGCCCGCUGACUGCUGAGCAGGGGAACUGGCCCAGCAGAGCCGCACUGAGCCUAGAGCCUGCGGCAGCAGCUGCAUUUGGGUCUCCAUCUCUGUCUCUGCCUCUUCUUGUGGAUUUUCUCUGACUCUUUAUGGGUCUCUCCCUGGCUCUUUCUCCCUAUGUCCCUCUUUGAAACCCAUGUCUCUUUCCAUUGGUUUCUCUUCUGUUGUGUGCCUGUCUCCAUCUCUUCCCCUGAGUCUCUCUCCAUCUCUCCCUGUGAUUGUCUUUAUCCGCAUCUGUCCAUCUGUUUGUCUCUCUUGGUGUCUUUCCCUCCAUGUCUGUGUUGGGGGUCCCACCUCCCCAACCCCAUUCCCUCCUGCUCCUUGGGCACUGCCCUACCCAUGGCUCUGGCCACCCCCAACCCUGUGCCCUGCCCACCACAGGCCCCUGGGGUCCCCAAAGCCCCACCUGGCUGCACCUGCCAUGUUUACAGAGGCCCCUGGGCUGUGCGGCCCCAGCCUGGGUGCCCCAAUUUUUAAGCCAUAGACCUGGGGUCAGGGCAGGAAGGAACUUCACUUGGCCGCUUCCAAGAACCUCAGCCGGGACAUUUGGGGCUGGGCGGGCGGGACCCGCCCCACAGACCCCAACUUCCCCUCUAAAGCCUGAAGUGAAACCUGCCACAGGGUUAUCCCCAGGAGGGGGCCACUACUGAGAAGCUCUGCCUAAGAUAGAAAAUAAUUAAAAAUAAACCAGUGAGCUGGCCCCAUCCAGCCCCAGGCCUCUCAAGAAUCGAGGCUGCUGGCACUGCAGGGGCGGCCAAGAUGCACCAGUGCAAGUCCGAGGCUUCUCCCAUCACGUUGGGCUCUGAUUUCAUUCUUCCUUGACUGUAAAGCCUUCUCUUCUCUCCUCUUUUGGAACAAGAGCCCUGGAUUUUUACGCUGCCCGCCGACCCUUCCUCCUGCCUGCUCGGCUAGACUGGUGGGCAGGUUUUGUAUGGUACGUUGAUACUGAUAAUGGAUAUAAAACAUUGAACACGG